CGGCCCAUCGUGUCCGCUAUCUUCUAACAGGCCGGCCUCUCCCCGCCGCCUCCGCCGCCUCCGCUCCUCCUUGGCAUGCCCACGUGCCUGCCUCCUCCGCCGCGCGCCGCCAUCGCCGCCGUCCUCACCUCGCUACUACCACCGCCACCGGGCGCCUCCGCGUCCCUCGCUCCCGCCGGCCCCGCCGCCGCCGUCGCCCGGCAGAUCCGCCGGAACGACGGGCACCACCCGGGGGCAGCGGUAGGGAUGUCGUCCGCGUCCGUGGCGGAGAGGGAGAGGGAGAGCGAGGCUGGGGAGUUCACCGAGGUCGUGGUGGUGCGGCACGGGGAGACCGCCUGGAACGCCUCGCGCAUCAUCCAGGGGCACCUGGAUGUAGAACUGAAUGAGAUUGGAAGACAACAAGCUGUUGCGGUUGCACGGCGUCUUUCUAAUGAAGCCAAGCCAGCUGCGAUAUAUUCAUCUGAUCUGAAGCGAGCGGCAGAGACUGCAGAAAUAAUAGCAAAAGCUUGCAGUUUGCCAAAUGUUGUGUUUGAUCCAGCACUGAGAGAGAGACACAUCGGAGAUCUGCAGGGCUUAAAGUAUGAAGAUGCUGGCAAAGAAAAGCCAGAGGCUUACAGAGCAUUUUUGUCGCACAAGAGGAACCGACAAAUUCCUGGUGGUGGAGAAAGUCUUGAUCAACUAUCAGAGCGAUGUGUCUCUUGCUUGUACAACAUAGUCGAGAAACAUCAAGGGGAGCGAAUAAUCUUGGUCUCGCACGGUGGAACCAUCAGAGAACUCUACAGGCAUGCCAGUCCAAUGAAGCCUCUUCACGGUAAGAUACACAACACAUCCGUAAGCGUAAUCCUUGUGUCUGGUGCCACUGGGCGUUGCAUUGUCAAGGCGUGCGGGGACAUCAGCCACCUUAAGGAAACCGGUGUUCUGGAAAACGCCUUUGGUGGCGAUAAGAACUCUGCAUAAACCCAGCUUCAGUAGCGUCGUACAUGUAACACUAUUCACAUGUCCAAAGAGUACCACUCUAUUGUCGGCAUCUCUUUGCUGUGAUGAAACAGCUCUAUUAGCAAUAACCAGAUCUCUCUGAAUUUUGACAUCAUACGACCCUUUUGAAUUUUGAUGGCCUCGAUUACAGAGGCCAGUGUAUCUUCCUUGCAACUUGCAACUUAGCAGAGUAGUGUUUUCGCAUUGGAAUGGAAUGAGAUGCACUUGAUAGUGCAGUGGUAAGGGGUGCGUGGUUUUAACCCUGA